UGGAUGUUAUCAAAGAUUUCAGUAGUUUUUAAUAUUGUAAAGGAAUCGGUUCGUGUUUGAUCAGCAGUAAAGGCCCCGCAACCAGGAGUUUUACAAAUACUUUUUUUUACCUGCAAUGGAAACUACGGCAGCCAGCGUGGUUUACGCCAAUCCGUUUUACGCUCAAAAUUACUCUAGCAACCAGGCACAGUCACAGCUCCAGAAUCCGCACCAAAUUUUCCAUUCUAAUUAUAUGAUCAGUUCUGAACCUAAUUCAGGAUUAGAACUGGGGCUUGGAUCUAGUCUUAAUCCGGAAACGAGUCCACAAAGCGUUUUCAAUGACAUCUACCGCUUUGAGAACGGUGGCGGCGAUGCCAGCGGAUCAUUGAUGCUUGGCCAGGAAGAUGACCAUUUCUGUGGUGAAGAGACGCCUCAGUCGACAUCAAUAUCGCCCUCUUCAUCUAUGGUGGCUAGCACCUCAUGCUCAUGCCCAACAACAUCGGGAGAGUCGCUAAACCUGGGCACUGAUCAGGAAAGAGAUGUGCAGCUAAACCAGUGUGAUAUGGUGGAACGGGGAGAGAUGACGACAAUGGAUGAUAAUCGGGAGCAGGAUGGGGAUCAAAGGAUUCCAUUCUUACCCUGCAUGGGUGGCAAUACGUCUUAUAUGGUGUUUCCACGCACGGCAGCGGACUAUAUGCCUCGACUAGCACUACCGCGACAUCCUACCUAUUUAAACAUUGGUCAGGAACAGUACAUCAUUCAGCCAGAAACGAUAUUUGUUCUGGGAAUGCGCCUUAAUGUGACGAAGAACGAUAUAAUCUUAUUCUUUGGAAAAUUGGGCCUUAUCAGGAUGGACGAGGCCAAUAACAAACCCAAGAUUUUCGUCUACAAAAACAAGAUGACGGGUCGCUCCAAGGGCGAAGCAACUAUUACCUACGUAAGUUCUUUCUCAGCACAGGCGGCGAUCAGUUGUUUAAGUGGGGCGAAGUUCAUGGGUCAAACACUCACUGUCCUUCCUGCCUACCUGUCCACCCGGAGAGGAAGUGUCCGCUACAGUUAUCCUCGGGAAAUGAACACUCCAGAGAAUCAGCGACGCCAGCGUGCCCUGAGAUGGAAGCCGGCCAGCGACAAUUGGGUGUGCAUGCUCUGCAGAAACAGUAACUUUGUGUGGCGCUCCUGCUGCAACAGAUGCCGGGCUGACAAGCUAACUGCUAGCCAAGAUCAGGGAGCAGGUACAUCGACCGGAGCCAGUAAUGCUCGCCGCUGGCGGCCUCAGAAGAGCGAUUGGCCCUGUGGUUUUUGCUUCAAUCUGAACUUUUGGUACCGGGUGAAGUGCAACCGCUGUCAUGCUGCUCGUUCCGAUGGUCCGCCCAGCUCCGAAACGGAGGAGAAUGAUACUUGGGAACUGUUACUCAACCAACCCAAUCCAGAGUAGAAGGAGCAUUUCCCUCUAUCUACAGAGAUAUCUGCGUCCGCGUUUGUAUCUGUAUCUGUUUGUAUAUACUCAUCUGUUUGUACGUGUCUGUUGUCGAACGACAGUUCUACUUUCCUAUCCUGCUCCUUCAAAAUUUCAAGUGAUUGAAACACGCAUUGGAACGUGGGACUCAUAAGCAAACUCAUCUUCUAUAUAUAUAUUCAACAAAAACCUCAAAAUUCCAGUUAAUGUCUCUCAUAAAAAGCAGUUCAAUACAAUCAUAUAUCCCCGCCGAGCCAGUCUUAGCCGAAGAGCCCCCGAGAUUGUGGGACAAUGCAACCUGCUGAAUGGUAAUCCACUUAAUCCGGGUAACUGAAUAUUUUACCCAGGCACAAAAGGCAGCCGGACCCGGACCCGGACUCGGACCCACCUGGCUAGCUCUAAACGUUUAAUGAAUUUAUUUACUUUCCCGACGCCUGCAGUCAGUGGCUCAUUGGCUCUGUGGAACUGCACUGAAAAUAUCCGAAAUAUCCAUUUAUAUGUAGUCUAAAUUGUUUAAUAAAGUUUGUCUUCUUUU